AGGCGAUGCGGGCAGCGCGGAGCCGACAGCAGCGCUGCGCUCUAGAGGAGCGUGGCGCGCCUGUUUUGUAUAACCGUGCCCUCGUCACGAAUCCGCGCUUGGCCGCGCCCCUCCGUGCGCUCAUGGGGGGCGGUGGGUAAGGGAGCCCCGGGAGCGCGCGCGCCCGCGCGCCGCUUCCCUUCCCCGCCCUCCGCGGGCUCCCGUGAGACGGCGGCGAGCUCGGAGCGACCGAGCGAAGGAACGGGGGAAGGGAAGAGGAAAGCGGCAGGGGAGGAGCGGCGGCUCCCCCGAGGAGGCCGCGGCGGGCACGGACGAACGGGCGGAGGGGGCGCUGUAGCGGGCGGGCGGUGAAGGAGCCGCCGAGGAGGGGCGAGACCGGCCGCCCCCCGUCCCCUCCCAUUCGGGCGCGCGCUCGCCGCGGCGGCGGCGGCGGCUCCCGGCGAUGCGGUGAGAGGGGGGCGCAGCCGCGCUCUGUGAGGGGCCGCCGGGAGCCUCCCGCGCCAGGACUUGCAGUGAAUGGAGGAGGACACUUGCUAAAGAUUUAACUUGUCUAAAGAUACCAAGUGUUUGCAAUAAACCAAGCGGAACAGGAUCGCCAUGUUUCGAAACAGUCUCAAGAUGCUUCUCACAGGAGGGAAGUCAAACCGCAAAAACAGGUCCAGCGAUGGAGGGAACGAGGAGCCACCAGACCGAAGACAGGCAAGUGUAGACUCCCGUCAGAGCCGAGCUGGGCAAGGCACCUCCACAGAGAACGACUGUGCUUUUGAACCUGACUACGCAAUUCCGCCACUCCCAGUGACCGAAGGUAUGCAGCACAUUCGGAUAAUGGAGGGCAUGUCCCGCUCCCUUCCAUCCUCCCCCUUACUCACACAUCAGUCUAUCAGUGUUCGGCUCCAACCUGUGAAGAAGUUAACUGCCCCUCUGAGGAAAGCAAAGUUUGUUGAGAGCCCUCGAAUCCCAGAGUCCGAGCUUGGCUCCCCAACCCUCUCUGCCCAGAAGCUGGACGUUGAUGCAUUCUGCCCUGGUGAUACUGAGCAAGAGCUGGGACCCCCUCCAUCCGUAGAUGAGGCAGCGAACACACUCAUGACUCGCCUGGGCUUCCUCCUUGGAGAGAAAGUCACGGAGGUUCAGCCAGGGCCCCAGUACAGCAUGGAGGUGCAGGACGAGAACCAGAGCUCGGCGGUGACGCAGCGCAUCAGCCCCUGCUCCACCCUGACGAGCAGCACGGCCUCGCCGCCGGCCAGCAGCCCCUGCUCCACCCUGCCACCCGUCAGUGCCACUGUCACAGCCAAGGACUGCACCUAUGGGGCUGUCACCAGCCCCACAUCCACGCUGGAGAGCAGAGACAGCGGCAUCAUCGCUACAUUGACAAGUUACUCUGAGAAUGUGGAACGUACUAAAUAUGGCGGGGAAAGCAGUAAGGAACUUGGAUCUGGGGGAAACCUGAAGCAGUGGCAAUCCCAGAAAUCCAGCAUGGACUCCUGCCUGUACCGCGUGGAUGAGAACAUGUCAGCCUCCACCUACAGCCUCAACAAAAUCCCCGAGAGGAACCUGGAGACAGUCCUGUCCCAAUCAGUGCAGUCAAUUCCUCUGUACCUUAUGCCACGCCCAAAUUCAGUAGCAGCCACCAGCUCAGCCCACCUGGAAGAUCUGGCUUACCUGGACGAGCAGAGGCACACUCCCCUGCGCACGUCGCUGCGGAUGCCGCGGCAGAGCGUGGCCAGCGCCCGGGCACAGCAGGACCUGCGAGUGCGCUUUGCACCCUACAGACCCCCCGACAUCUCCCUGAAGCCGCUGCUCUUCGAGGUGCCCAGCAUCACCACCGAGUCGGUGUUCGUGGGCCGGGACUGGGUGUUCCACGAGAUCGACGCGCAGCUGCAGAGCUCCAACGCCAGCGUCAACCGCGGCGUGGUCAUCGUCGGCAACAUCGGCUUCGGCAAAACUGCCAUCAUCUCCAGGCUGGUGGCGCUCAGCUGCCACGGCACCAGGAUGAGGCAGAUCGCUUCUGAUAGCCCCCACGCCUCUCCAAAACAUGUGGAUGCCAACCGGGAGCUGCCCUUGGCACAGCCGCCCUCUGCCCACACGUCCAUCGCGAGCGGGAGCUGCCCGGGGACGCCCGAGAUGCGGCGGCGCCAGGAGGAGGCCAUGAGGAGAUUGGCCUCGCAGGUCGUAGCUUACCACUACUGCCAGGCUGACAACGCCUACACCUGCCUGGUGCCCGAGUUCGUGCACAACGUGGCCGCCCUGCUCUGCCGCUCGCCGCAGUUCGUGGCGUACCGGGAGCAGCUGCUGCGCGAGCCGCACCUGCAGAGCCUGCUCAGCCUCCGCUCCUGCGUGCAGGACCCCAUGGCCUCCUUCCGCAGGGGCGUCCUGGAGCCCCUGGAGAGCCUGCACAAAGAGAGGAAGAUCCCUGAUGAAGAUUUCAUUAUAUUAAUUGAUGGUUUAAAUGAGGCUGAAUUUCACAAGCCAGAUUAUGGAGACACCAUAGUAUCGUUCCUGAGCAAAAUGAUUGGAAAAUUCCCUUCCUGGCUGAAGCUGGUUGUGACAGUCAGGACAAGUCUACAGGAAAUAAUUAAGCUGUUGCCCUUCCACAGAAUAUUUUUGGAUAGACUGGAAGAGAAUGAAGCCAUCGACCAGGACCUGCAGGCAUACAUCCUUCACCGGAUACACAGCAGCUCGGAGAUCCAGAACAACAUCUCGCUCAACGGCAAAAUGGACAACACUACGUUUGGCAAACUCAGUUCUCACCUCAAGACCUUGAGCCAAGGGUCCUACCUAUACCUGAAACUUACUUUUGAUCUCAUAGAGAAAGGAUACCUAGUUCUAAAAAGCUCCAGCUACAAAGUGGUGCCAGUGUCCCUGUCCGAAGUGUACCUGUUGCAGUGCAAUAUGAAGUUCCCAACACAGUCUUCCUUUGAUCGGGUCAUGCCUCUCUUGAACGUAGCAGUGGCUUCUCUGCACCCAUUAACAGAUGAACAUAUUUUUCAGGCCAUUAAUGCAGGUAACAUUGAGGGCACUUUGGAGUGGGAGGACUUUCAGCAGAGGAUGGAGAACCUUUCUAUGUUUCUUAUCAAACGUAGAGACAUGACGCGAAUGUUUGUUCAUCCCUCUUUCCGAGAAUGGCUUAUUUGGAGAGAAGAAGGUGAAAAAACCAAGUUUCUUUGUGAUCCGAGGAGUGGCCACACACUACUUGCCUUCUGGUUUUCUCGACAAGAAGGAAAAUUAAACAGACAGCAGACUAUUGAACUGGGACAUCACAUUCUCAAAGCACAUAUUUUUAAGGGUCUGAGUAAAAAAGUUGGGGUAUCUUCCUCCAUCCUGCAAGGGCUUUGGAUCUCCUACAGUACUGAAGGUCUUUCAAUGGCAUUGGCAUCUCUGAGAAAUCUCUACACCCCAAACAUAAAGGUCAGUCGGUUGCUGAUUUUAGGAGGUGCAAAUGUGAAUUACCGGACGGAAGUUCUGAACAACGCCCCCGUUUUGUGUGUCCAAUCUCACCUGGGCUACGCAGAGAUGGUGGCCUUGCUCUUGGAGUUUGGGGCCAACGUUGAUGCUGCUUCUGAGAGCGGCCUGACCCCGCUGGGCUACGCGGCUGCCGCCGGGUUCCUGAGCAUCGUGGUGCUGCUGUGCAAGAAACGGGCCAAGGUGGAUCAUUUGGACAAAAACGGGCAGUGUGCCCUGGUCCAUGCUGCUCUCAGGGGACACUUGGAGGUGGUGAAGUUCUUGAUCCAGUGUGACUGGAGCAUGGCUGGCCAGCAGCAGGGAGUGUUCAAGAAGAGCCACGCAAUCCAGCAGGCCCUGAUUGCUGCUGCCAGCAUGGGCUACACCGAGAUCGUCUCCUACCUGCUCGAUCUUCCAGAAAAAGAUGAAGAGGAGGUGGAGAGAGCACAGAUCAACAGCUUUGACAGCCUCUGGGGAGAGACAGCUCUGACAGCGGCGGCGGGGCGCGGGAAGCUGGAGGUGUGCAGGCUGCUCCUGGAGCAGGGCGCUGCCGUGGCGCAGCCCAACCGCCGCGGGGUCGUGCCGCUCUUCAGCGCCGUCAGACAGGGACACUGGCAGAUCGUGGAUCUCCUGCUGACACACGGUGCUGAUGUGAACAUGGCAGACAAGCAGGGCCGGACGCCACUGAUGAUGGCUGCGUCCGAGGGACACCUGGGCACUGUGGAGUUCCUGCUUGCACAAGGUGCCUCCAUUUCUCUGAUGGACAAAGAGGGCUUGACAGCCCUCAGCUGGGCCUGCCUGAAGGGCCACCUGCCCGUGGUGCGUUCCCUGGUGGAGAAUGGAGCUGCCACGGACCAUGCGGACAAGAACGGCCGCACACCACUGGACCUGGCGGCGUUCUACGGCGACGCUGAGGUGGUUCAGUUCCUGGUGGACCAUGGGGCCAUGAUCGAGCACGUUGACUACAGUGGGAUGCGGCCCCUCGACAGAGCAGUGGGCUGCCGCAACACCUCCGUUGUCGUCACCCUCCUGAAGAAAGGAGCAAAGAUAGGUUGUCAGACGUUACCGAGUCGCCCACGAGGUCCAGCAACUUGGGCAAUGGCAACCUCCAAACCAGACAUCAUGAUCAUCCUGUUGAGCAAGCUGAUGGAGGAGGGAGACAUGUUUUAUAAGAAAGGUAAAGUGAAAGAGGCUGCCCAGCGCUACCAGUAUGCUCUGAAAAAAUUCCCCAGAGAAGGGUUUGGAGAAGACCUGAAAACCUUCCGUGAGCUGAAGGUGUCGCUGCUCCUCAACCUCUCCCGGUGUCGAAGGAAAAUGAAUGAUUUUGGAAUGGCGGAGGAGUUUGCCACUAAAGCUCUGGAGCUGAAACCGAAGUCUUACGAAGCUUACUAUGCAAGAGCAAGGGCCAAACGCAGCAGCAGGCAGUUUUCAGCAGCCCUGGAGGACCUGAACGAGGCCAUCAAGCUGUGUCCUAACAACCGUGAGAUCCAGCGGCUGCUGAUGCGGGUGGAGGAGGAGUGCAGGCAGGUGCAGCAGCAGCAACAACAGCAGCAGCAGCAGCAGCAACAGCAGCAACAACAGCAGCAGCAGCAGCAGCAGCAGCCAUCACCUCCACUCCCAGUGGAGCCAGAACCUGAAGCCCAGCAUGAAGAGCUGUAUUCUGUGCAAGAUAUCUUUGAGGAGGAAUACCUCGAGCAGGACGUAGAAAAUAUUUCCAUUGGCUUACAGACAGAGUCCAGGCCAAACCAAGGGCUGCCCAUCAUCCAGAGCCCGCCCCCAUCUCCAGCUCACAGGGACUCAGCCUAUAUUUCUGGCUCACCUCUUGGCUCUCAUCAGGUCUUUGAUUUCAGGUCCAACAGCUCUGUGGGUUCACCGACCAGGCAGGGAUACCAGUCCACAUCUCCUGCUCUAUCUCCAACACACCAAAACUCACAUUACAGACCCAGUCCUCCACACACAUCCCCAGCUCACCAGGGCUCCACUUACCGCUUCAGCCCCCCUCCCGUGGGAAGCCAGGGGAAGGAGUAUCAGAGCCCACCGCCGUCUCCCCUCCGCAGAGGCCCCCAGUACCGCGCCAGUCCCCCCGCAGAGAGCAUGAGCGUUUACCGGUCCCAGUCCGGCUCCCCGGUCCGCUACCAGCAGGAGCCCAGCGCCGUCUCCCAGCUCCCCGGCAGGCCCAAGUCUCCGCUGUCCAAGAUGACGCAGAGAUCCUUCCAGAUGCCCCAGCUCCCCGUGGCCGUGCCGCAGCCGGGGCUGAGGCUGCAGCCAGCCAAGGCACAGAUCGUGAGGAGCAACCAGCCCAGCUCUGCCGUCCAUUCCAGUACUGUCAUCCCAACUGGUGCCUACAGCCAGGUUGCCCACUCGAUGGCCAGCAAGUACCAGUCAUCAUCAGGGGACAUGGGGGUCAGCCAGAGCCGCCUGGUCUACCAGGGCUCCAUCGGGGGCAUCGUGGGUGACAGCAGGCCCGUGCAGCACGUGCAGGCGAGUCUCAGCGCCGGAGCCAUCUGUCAGCAUGGAGGGCUGGCCAAAGAAGACCUUCCACAGAGACCAUCCUCGGCUUACAGAGGGGGGAUGAGAUACAGCCAGACACCUCAGAUUGGGCGAAGCCAGUCCGCCUCCUACUAUCCGGUGUGCCACUCAAAACUUGACCUGGAGCGUUCUUCCCUCCCCGCCAACCAGCUGGGCUCUCCAGAUGUGUCUCACCUCAUAAGAAGGCCCAUCACAGUCAAUCCCAGCGAAAUCAAGCCUCACCCACCGACUCCAAGGCCUCUACUCCACUCUCAGAGCGUUGGCCUCCGCUUCUCCCCUUCCAGCAAUAGCAUCUCCUCCACCUCCAACCUGACUCCCAACUUUCGCCCCUCUGCCUCGAUUCAGCAAAUGGAGAUUCCCCUGAAGCCAGCCUAUGACAGAUCGUGCGAUGAGCUGUCUCCAGUCUCGCCCACGCAGGGGGGCUACCCCAGCGAGCCAGCCCGCUCCCGGACCACACCGUUCAUGGGAAUCAUAGAUAAAACUGCUCGGACUCAGCAGUACCCCCAUCUCCAUCAGCAGAACCGGACCUGGGCUGUGUCGUCAGUGGACACUGUCAUUAGUCCUACGUCUCCUGGCAAUCUGCCCCAGCCGGAAUCCUUUAGCCCACCCUCUUCAAUCAGCAACAUUGCCUUUUAUAACAAAACCAACAAUGCACAGAAUGGCCAUUUGCUAGAGGAAGACUAUUACAGCCCCCAUGGGAUGCUGGCCAAUGGGUCCCGGGGAGACCUCCUGGAGAGAGUCACCCAAGCCUCCUCAUACCCCGACGUCAAGGUGGCAAGGACGCUGCCCGUGGCGCAGGCCUACCAGGAUAACCUGUACAGGCAGCUCUCCAGGGACUCCAGGCAAGGGCAGACGUCCCCAAUCAAACCAAAGAGACCAUUUGUGGAGUCUAAUGUGUAAAAGACACUUGUUGGAGUGAGACCCUCAUGUUUUCAGCACACACUUCCAAGCUUGAUUUCCAUGCAUACUAUUAUAAUUAUUAUUAUUACUAUUAUUAUUUUUAUUUCUCUUUGAUAGCUACAUGAUCAAGUUUCUCCGGUACUUUAUGUGGUGGUCAGACAGCCAUGCACGUGCUCCAGCCCUUUUGUUCCCCAGCUGACUGUGAAGCCAACAUCAGCCGAGCCAGUAUCAUUUGCCCAAUUCCAGCAAAGUUCCAACCAGGAUAUCUUAGUCCAUGGUGUGGGGUGGUCCAGAGAUAUCCCUACGCAGCAGGAGGUAACCAGCUCUUUUUCAAGAGACAAUUGCCUUGGAUUUAAAUUGGUUUCUUUUGUCUCAGUGAUCUCUUACUCAACUCUGAUGGGAAUUCCUAGGGAAUUCCACAGGAGCCUUUCCCAAGGCUGCAUCCACAGGUCCCCAUGCCAGCCAGGCUGUUUGGCUCUUUGCCCCAGAGAGCAGAUUACCCUCAGUGAUGUGAUUUAACAUCAGUAGCUAUGCACAGCACCCACAAUACCCAUUCUGAUUCUGCUGGCUUACAGCGCUUUCCUUCUUUAUUUAACUUGUCACUGGCCAGAAGGAGUGGGGAUCACACAGCACUUUGCUGCUUUCCAAGUACCUACCAGGUGCCCUCACACUGAUUUCUUUGCUCUGGGGCAUUUUACAAGCAUUGAGGGUGUAAGGUUGGCCCUUUGUUAUGUGUUUUAAUCAGCCAAGGGAGUUGGCCAGGAACCUCUUGUGCAUGAACCAGGGUUGCACUAACUUCUUCACGCUGUUGGCAGACUUCACCUCACCCACAGCAUUUGCAUGGGGCAAGUCAGUGUUGGGGACUUCAUCUGGGAGGGGAUUUAUUACUUGCAAGGAAGAGCAAAAAUCUGACUUAGAAAAUGGUAUUCGAAGAGGAAAACUGCAAUUUUUUUUUUUUUACUUUUUUUAUGAUGAGGAUGUAGAACAUGGCAUGAUGAAAGAGGAAGGGUCCUUCUGCAGUGCCAGGCCUGCAGCAUCCCUUCCCUCUGGCUCAGUCCUGCCAGGGAGCAGGGGCUGUAGCAGGGGCUGUGCUCCUCUAAGAUUCUCUGUUCCUGAAAUCCUAGAAAGGGACACCGUGUUCCAUAUCUGUACAUGGUAGAAACCAUGUGUUGCUUUUUGAGAAGCUGUAGUUCAGAGAGACCUAUUUAUAAUUUAUUUAUGUUAUCUAUUUCAGGACAUUCUCCAGUUCAGGUUGGUUUUUUUUAUUAUUUUCAGUUUUGUAAUCAAAUGCAAGUCACAUCAAGACAGUGUGAAAAGCAGGGGCCGGUUCCAAAAUCCUUUUGAUAGGAUUUUCAAAAAUUUUUUCAAUUAGUUGCUGAAAAUUUCUUUUGAGGUGGGGGGAAGAACUUCCUUUACCGAUUCCUUUAUUCCUGGUGGGUUUGUAAUCUGCCUUUUCUGUU